CACUCACAAUUGUGCUGUUGUCGAGUCUGUCAAACAAACCGCGUUAACCGCUUUGAUUCCUUCAAUGUUGCAACUGUAAAUGUGUGUUAUUUGGUAAAUAAUGAGGUUCAAUCAAAGCAGCGUUAAAACUCGGAUGAAUCACGAGGCUCGAAAUCUUCUCUGAGGUUUGCUUCCAGAAGAACACGAAUGGAGAAUCAUGAAAAAGGUUUUUCUGCUUCCAAAGCAGAUUUGACAAGCGCUCCAGGAGAUCUUGUUCACACAUGUGAUCAGUAAUUGCUCAACCCUUUCCAUGAACUGCAUGUUUAUCCACACCCAUUGAGUACAUCCUGGAUGAAGAAUGACGGCUCUAUUCAUGAUCCUGGGCUGAUUUUGAUCUGAAAUCACUGGUGUUUUUUUCUUGUGGUGAUCUGGAUGUUGUGAUGGAGCCUCAUACCUGCUGGUUUCCCGCCCUGCGCUCCUGCUUUCCAAUAAUCACCUGGUUGACUCAGUAUAACCUGACAUGGCUGAAGAUGGACGUGAUCGCUGGUCUGACCGUGGGUUUAACGGCGGUUCCUCAAGCUCUGGCUUAUGCAGAGGUGGCUGGUUUACCUGUGCAGUACGGUCUGUAUUCUGCGUUUAUGGGUGGUUUCAUCUACUGUAUAUUCGGCACGUCUAAAGACAUCACUCUGGGCCCGACGGCCAUCAUGUCUCUGCUGUGUUCAUCCUAUAUCACUGGAGAUCCUGUGUUUGCCGUGGUUCUUACGCUGCUGUGUGGCGUCAUACAGACGGGAAUGGCUUUACUGAGGCUGGGGUUCCUCCUGGACUUCAUCUCAUAUCCCGUGAUUAAAGGCUUCACCUGUGCGGCUGCGGUCACCAUCGGCUUCGGUCAGGUCAAGAACAUUCUGGGUCUGAAAGAGAUUCCCCAGCAGUUCUUCUUACAGGUUUACUACACCUUUCACAAGAUCCCUGAGGCCCGAGUAGGAGAUGUGAUUCUGGGCCUGUCUUGUUUGUUCUUCCUGCUUCUAUUGACGUUUAUGAAGAAUUCUCUGAGUUCGGCUGAAGACGAGGCUUCGUUUCUCGUGCGAUCUGCUCGACAGCUGCUGUGGAGUUUAGCUACAAUUCGUAAUGCACUGGUGGUCAUAGCAGCGGCAGGUGUUGCCUAUUCAGCUGAAGUCACAGGAAACCAUUUCUUUAGUCUCACGGGGAAAACAGCCAAAGGACUGCCUCCUUUCAGAGCUCCGCCUCUUUCAGAGACAAUAGCCAAUGGCACAGUUAUUACAUUCAGUGACAUAGCGAAGGAUUUAGGUGGUGGUCUUGCUGUUAUUCCUUUAAUGGGUGUUUUAGAGAGCAUCGCUAUUGCGAAGGCAUUUGGCAGCAAGAAUAAUUACAGAAUCGAUGCCAACCAAGAGCUCUUCGCCAUUGGUCUGACAAACAUCAUGGGCUCAUUCGUCUCAGCGUAUCCUGUUACAGGAAGCUUUGGAAGAACGGCUGUUAACUCUCAGACCGGAGUGUGUUCUCCUGCUGGAGGGAUCGUCACAAGUGUUAUAGUGCUGCUGUCACUGGCCUUCCUCAUGCCGCUGUUCUUCUACAUCCCCAAAGCGUCUCUCGCUGCCGUCAUCAUCUGUGCUGUGAGUCCAAUGGUGGAUUUCAGAGUGCCGCUGCACAUCUGGAGAGUCAAGAGGCUUGAUCUGCUGCCGUUCUUGGUGACGUUUCUGCUUAGUUUCUGGGAGGUGCAGUACGGCAUUGUGGGAGGAGUGCUAGUUUCAGGUUUCAUGCUGUUGUAUAUCACGGCCAGACCGAAAGUGAAGGUGUCUGAUCAUGGAGUUAUAGUUCUGGAGUUUGAGAGUGGACUAAACUUUCCCUCAACGGAGCAUCUCAGCAGACUAGUGUACAAACACGCUCUUCAUGCGUCUCCUCCUCGCUCUCUGGUUCUGGACUGUUCUCAGAUCAGCUCCAUUGACUUUACUGUGAUCCACGAACUCACUGACCUGCUCAAACAGUUCCAGAUAAGAGGAGCGUCACUGAUCUUUACUGGACUCAAGCCAUCAGUAUUACAGGUGUUGCUGAUGGCGGAUCUUCCUGCGUUCAGACACACAGACACUGUAGAUGAAGCGCUGCAACAACUCACCGCAAACAUUCACUACAACCAGCAUCUCUAACAGCCAAUCACUGGCAAGAACCUAUCCCCUGUCCACCAAUCAGCAUCUCAGAACUCUCAUGAUUGGCUACAUGAAAUAUUUUGCGCCCAAUCAACACUCAGGAAAAGAGACUGUUGGGGAGCAAAGUUACAUGACGACCAAAUUAUG